GGUGCUGCCCUGCUUCAUCAUCACCACGGUGGCUGAACGAGUGAAGAAAUCAUGAAUCAUCAGUGAGGGCCUAAAGUCGAAGCUUGGGUUGUUUAUUACAGAAAACUGAACUGUCGCCGCUGUCGCUCCCAGUAAGUUACUUGGAAUAGCUGCUAUUCGAGUGAAAAUAUUGAGGCUGUUUGAGAUAACGUUGCAAAGCUGGUGGCCUAAAUUCUGAGGCUGUGACAUUUAGCUAGCUAAACCCACCAAGCUCCGUUCAACUUGUAAACACUUUUUGUGAAAGAUGGCUGACAACGGUGCGCACACGGCUGAAGAGGACCCAGCCGCAGCUUUCCUGGCUCAGCAGGAGAGUGAGAUAGCGGGGAUAGAGAACGACGGUGACGGGUUUGGUGCGCUGGAAGGAGCGGACGGCCAUCAGCCGGCUCAGCCGCAGCCGACCAACUACGACGGUUUCGAAGAUGAGUCUGCCGCACUGAACGGGGAUAUGUUUCAGGAGUCCAAUGGCCCAACAGACAACUAUGCAGCCAUCGCCCAGGUGGAUAUUCAGAGACAAGAGCCAGAGAGUUUACGCAAGUGGAGGGAGGAGCAGAAGACACGCCUUGAAGCAUUAGACACGGCCUCCAAGGCAGCAGAGGCAGAGUGGAGAGAGAAAGCCAAAAAGGAGCUGGAGGACUGGCAUGUGCACCAGAAUGAGCAGAUGGAAAAGAACAAGGCCAACAACAGACUCUGUCCAAGUCUGGCACGAGCAUCGGAGGAGGCUUUCCUGGCAGAGAGUGACGGCGACAGCCCGACGGGAACUGAAUGGGAGAGAGUAGCCCGUCUGUGUGACUUCAACCCCAAAACCAACAAACAGGCAAAGGAUGUUUCUCGAAUGCGCUCUGUCCUCAUCUCUCUCAAACAGACACCUCUAGUUCGCUAGAGGAGGUCGCGGGGGGAAUUUUGUUCUAGAAACAUUGCCUUUUCAGUUUUAACCUCACGUCACAUCAGAAGAGUUUGUAUGCCCUUUUCCAUAAAAUUCAUGGUAUGUUUAUAACCUCUGAGAACUUCCCGCCUUUCUUGAUGCCUGUUAUAUUGAAAUAAUAUACUUAACCUCAUUCUCUCGUGAGAAGAUGAAGGACUGCUCUAUUGUUACGACAUCCUUUAGCUGGUCAGUUUUAUCAUUGCUAUACAUGAGAAAAUAUUGUUACUUUAAGUUAAACAUUUUCCUUCCCUUUUAACUUAUAAAUUUUCAACUUUAUUGCAUGCCUCUGCCAAUAUUUUGGAUGCACAAUUUUUAGUUGUUUUAUAAACUUGCAUUUUGGUCAGUGUCAAACACUUACUUAUCGAGCACUGUUAAGGAUUAGAUUGUAACCACUUAUGCCUCUCAUCAAUGUAAAAUUCUAACCACAAAUACUUUGUUCACAUUUGUUGUAUUAUAUCCCUAAUCACUGUAUUCAAGGUAGCUAGCACAUUUUUCUCUUUCACGUACAUAAGCUUGUGGCCUUUUUAAUCUCGCUCUUACUCCAGUUUGAGUAUUUAGCCAGAUGGAUUUCCUCUUUAAUUAGGCAAAAAUUUUCUGCAAAGAAAAAACAAAAAAAUCACAACCAAAGACUUGUCAUCUAAAUUUUCAGAGUUCACAUGAUUAACGGCUUGAGCGAUUUCUCAUUUCACUGGUUUUCUCAGCAGAACUUUCAUGCACCAUUUUGUGUUACACUAAAUGUGUUUUAUAUUUUGUAAAACAGCGGUCAGUGAGGUGUCACUUUCAACAGUAAUGUCUGCACAUUGUUUCACAUGUUGCCUAUUUGGACAUUAUGAAUACUGAAAAAGUGAAUGUUAAAAGGGAAAUGGAAAAUAAAAACAGCGGUAUGAUCGCCUAAA